AUGGCACAGGUGCGCGGCGAGGAAGGCGCUAUGCCCACGGACAACACAGCGCUGCUGGCCGGCGGCAACUACGACAAGCUCACGACACCUAAUGGUGGGGACACACCAGCACCAGGUCGCCAAUCGGCGUCUCAACCUCCGCCUAAUGAACAGAGCGAACAGGAACCCACAGCGCCGCAGGGCGAAGGCUACGAUGACCUCAUGCACGGUAUCAACUCUUUCUGGGCCAUCGUGUUCCCCGUGUGCGUGACGAUGAUCGUAGCCAGUCUCGUAGUCGUCAACUACCGAAGCGACAGCAUCGAGGCGUCCAUGUCGUCGUACCUCGUAUAUGGAGACUCUAAUUCCAGCUCUAGUAGUGGAGGCUCCGGUAUCGGCGAGUCUCUAGUAAACGCUCUAGUGAUCAUUGGAGCCAUCGCGGUGCUUACGUUCGGUAUGGCGCUGCUGUACAAGUACAACUGCAUGAAGUUCCUGAGUGGCUACAUCAUGUUCGCAUCUACCGCCAUUCUAAGCUUCGUCGGGGGUCAAUUAGUGGAUGAGAUCGUGAACGAUCAGUUCGGUUGGGCCGUAGAUUGGCCCACGUUUCUCUUCGUGAUGAUCAAUUUUGGUUUUGUGGGAGUCAUCUCCAUUUUCUACCAGAAAGGAACACCCAAAUUUGUGCAAAAUGGGUACUUGGUUAUGGUGAGCGUCAUCCUGGCCUGGCAAUUCUCCAUGUGGCCUGAAUGGACGACCUUCACGUUCUGCGUCAUGUUCGCGUGCUACGAUCUGUGUGCAGUUUUGACUCCGUGUGGCCCACUCAAGUACCUCAUUGGACUUAUCCAGGAGAAACAAGCACCAUUGCCUGGUCUACUUUACGAAGCGGACGUUCGUGACGGUGUAUCACACAAUCACCACAGACAGCAACAGCAGCGUCAACAACAGGAACAGGAACAGCGUCGUCCUAAGAACACGCCGACCGACGAGGUUACCGCAACUGAACGUCAGUCGUCGUCUGCUACUUCGCAGUCGUCGAGUACCAGCAACCACAACAACGGUACUACUCCCGUGACGAACAGUACUCGUGUUCCGCCUCCUGUGCCAGUGGUAGCCCCUGUUCCGAUCCCGGUGCCUCAACCCACGACAGGCCGCACAGACUCGUCUCCGAUCCCAGUCAUGUCUUCUUCCAGUCGACCUCGAAAUGUGGCCGAGUCUAACUUUACUACGUACGAGUGUGAGACGAUGGAAGCGCUUGUGGCUCUGCUGACAGAAUUCUACGAGACUUUUAGUCCUGAGGACACGUGGAAAGCUCCACAAGUGGCGGAAAAAUUCUUCCCGACGCAAGAUCGAUUGUGGCUCUUGAUCUUCCACAAGUAUUACGUCUGCUCGUGCUCGAUGGACAUGCCCUGCCCCGUACAGGCACGACGUGACCGUCGCCAACGCCAACGUGAGGAGGAAGGCGAGGACGACAAGACCAUCAAACUGGGUCUGGGUGACUUCAUCUUCUACAGUGUGCUGGUCGGUCGUGCCGCUAUUAAGGACUUUUCAACCUUCGCGGUUACCUUCGUAUGCAUCGUGAUGGGUCUUGGGGGAACACUGUUCCUGCUGGCUGUGCUGCACAAGGCGUUGCCAGCGUUGCCCAUCUCAAUUUUCUUAGCCACGAUUUUCUACUUCCUGACCGACUACAUCUUCAUCGACUUUUGUAGUUUCAUGAUGGCGUUCCCAGCCGCAGUGUAG